UGCACUGGCUGGAACCGAUCCCAAACCGACCGCCCGUUUACUGAACAAAUACGCUGACAGGACAGUAUAUACCACGAUCUUUGGCAUAUAUGUUGUGGGAAAAUAGUCGGGACGGAACAAAAAGAAUGGAUCCGCAAAGGUGGUUUCAACGCGCAAUUGCAGCAGGGAAUCUUUUAUAUGUACUUUCCUACAGACAAAGCCAGCACAUACCACGACCUUUAGGACAACCAAAAACAAUCCAACAAUGGGUUCACGAUAGGAUUCAAUCCUCCGACCUAAGCUUCUCAGGUUGGGGUCGACAAAAUGGCGCUGCUACACGGAAAUGACUACUGUGACCAGUUUUCAGGCGACAUUUUCCUCAAGGAUUUCUGGGGAUCUCUUGGCGAUCUGAACAUAUUUUUAAUAUCCAACACUUACACCUUCCUCAACGAUGAAAGACUGACCGGACAUCGACUCCUUGACUUUGGUUGCGGUCCAGCUCUCUGUGGGAUGAUCACCACGCCAGAACGAUUCACGGACAUUGUCAUGGCUGACAUUGCACCGUCCAACCUCGAUACCAUUAAGCGCUGGAUGGACGGAGAAGAGAUAAACUUCAAUUGGGAUCAAAUUCUCAGGCUUACAGCAGAGUUAGCUGGUGCCAAAUCUGUGUCAGAGUGGACUGAAAGAAAGAUCAGUCACCUAAAGACAUCCGUGAAAAAACUGGUCACUUGUGAUGUUACAGAGAAACUUCCAUUAGGACCAGACUACGCUGAGGCAUUCGAUGUCGUAUUUACCAGUUUCUGUAUUGGUUGCGCUGCAAAGAGUAUCGCUGAAUACAAACAGUUCCUGGAAAAUAUUUCCUCCCUUCUUAAAACUGGCGGCCAUCUUCUCAUACGCGGUGCAUUGAACGCGUCUGCUUAUACAGUUGAUAACAAAAUGUUCCAUCAUCUUUCACUUUCGACAUCUGAUGUGAAGGAUGCCUUAUGCAGUGCCCAGUUUGAGGUUCUGGAAUAUAAAUCUGAAUAUUUCCCUAUCGCCAUGCCUCAUUGUGAGGCUACCGAAUACGGAGUCUUUGUAUUGUUGGCAAGAAAGAUAUAAAGUUAUAUAUAUCUAACAUUUAAUAAUGCAAAAUACAAACACAUACAGUGGUGUUUAUAUCUAACUUUCAAUGUCACAAAAUAGUUCGAGUUUCAAGGAGCACUGCCCUCGACUUCAGUGA